AGUCAAGACAGAUAGACAAAGCGCACAGCGAGUGGGCAAAAGAAAAGCAUAUUGAGACUAGCGAAAAGCAAUGUAUGCACAUAAAAGCAGCUGAACGAUGUGACAAACGUCAAGAAAGCAAAAUAAAGAACUGCAUUAAUAACGUGAACGUGUGUGACAAAACAUACAUACUUAUAUACGAUGUUUUAGCAAUCGUUGAACACUUUUCUGCUCGUCUAAGUCAAUUUGCAAACUUAUACAAUAUUUACAAAACAAGCAAAUACUAAAACAACGCUGCAUAUCUGCGCUUUUGUCUUUCCUAGUGUCAUUGUUGUUUGUCUAGAUUGUGCUUUGGCUGUCUAGCGGUGCCGACACUGCUGCCGACGGACGUAUUGACGCUUGGUGCGGCGCUAUUGGCUUAGUUGUGCUUUCGUCUCUUCGGCAGUUAAGUAAUUUAUGAGCGGAAUUGUCGGAAAAAUGGCGUUUUGUUGAUUUGUCUUUGUGGUCAAAACGGUGAAAAAAUGAAGGACCCAAAGGAACUUUUACAAGAAGUGAAUAUAGAAGUAAAUAAUAAAAUGGAGAAUGUGGAAGGCGAUUCAAAUGACAGAGAUGCCGAGGGACAUAUGAUGCAUGGCAUUGAGCCGGCGCUCUCGGCGCUUAGCAGCGCCUCCGCACACAGUCCAAGCGGCAGUCAGGCGCUGAGUCCAGCGCUCAGUCUCAGCGGUGGUAAUAGCAAUAGCAAUGGCAAUUUAUCUACUAGUGGCAAUAAUACUAUUAACAAUAACAACAACUCAUAUGCGCAAAACAAUAACUCACAAUCGGCAACGGUUUGUGCUAUAUGUGGCGAUCGCGCCACCGGCAAACAUUACGGUGCUUCCAGUUGUGACGGCUGCAAAGGAUUCUUCCGACGCAGCGUGCGCAAGAAUCAUCAAUAUACCUGCAGAUUCUCCCGCAACUGCGUUGUGGACAAAGACAAACGCAAUCAGUGUCGUUAUUGCCGCUUACGUAAGUGCUUUAAGGCGGGCAUGAAGAAGGAGGCAGUGCAAAAUGAACGCGAUCGUAUUAGUUGUCGUCGCACCUCAAACGAAGAUCCCGAUCCCGGUAAUGGCUUGUCCGUUAUAUCGCUGGUUAAGGCCGAGAUUGAGAGUCGUCAGUCGAAAGCGGGCGCUGCCAUGGAGACCAAUCCGAAUGAAGAUCUAUCGAACAAGCAAUUCGCCAGCAUCAACGAUGUGUGUGAGUCAAUGAAACAACAGCUGUUGACGCUGGUCGAGUGGGCCAAACACAUACCAGCCUUUAAUGAUCUGCAGCUGGACGAUCAGGUGGCGUUACUACGCGCGCAUGCUGGCGAACAUCUGUUGUUGGGAUUGUCGCGGCGCUCUAUGCAUCUGAAAGAUGUGUUGCUGUUGGGCAACAAUUGCGUUAUCACGAAACAUUGUCCAGAUGCGCGUCUGUCGCCGAACUUGGAUAUUUCGCGCAUUGGCGCUAGAAUCAUAGAUGAGCUCGUUUUUGCGCUACGCGAUGUGAAUAUUGACGAUACCGAAUUGGCAUGCAUCAAGGCGCUGGUGUUCUUCGAUCCGAACGCCAAAGAUCUCAAGGAACCGCAACGCGUCAAGACGUUGCGCCAUCAAAUCCUAAACAAUCUGGAAGAUUAUGUGUCAGACCGACAAUAUGAGUCACGCGGCCGUUUUGGCGAAAUACUCUUAAUACUGCCCGUACUGCAGUCCAUCACCUGGCAGAUGAUCGAACAAAUACAGUUUGCGAAAAUUUUCGGUGUCGCUCACAUUGACUCGCUGCUGCAGGAAAUGCUACUUGGAGGUAUGUUUAGUGCACGCUACCACGCACCACACUAUUUUUCCACCAUACGUAAUUAUCUAAUGUACGCCAACUUUGUAGGUGAACUGGCCGACAACUCACCACUCUCGCCGCCAAGCCUAAACAAUUACAGUCCGACACGCAACAUGGACGGCAGCCAUGUGUCGUCAACACUGGACGUGCUCACCUCACCCACAACCGCUGAUCAUUUGAGCGCCUGCAUGGAUAGCAACAGUUUGGAUGCACAAAUGAUGUCACCACUACUGGAAAAUAUUGCCGCAUCGCCACCACAAUACAAUCAGUUGCGCUCAUAUCAGACACAGCGCCCACAACAACAGCAACAACAACAAGCGGUCAACAACAACACAGGUACACCACUACACACACGCGCCAUGCAUUCACCACACCUCAACGACGCCGAUGCGAACAAUGUCGACAUGGUUAACGGCGCCGGCAACUCAUGCAUGGACGAGAAUAGCAUGUACAACACCAACAGCGUUAUGCGUCCACUAUCCACGAGCAGCGCUCACAAUUUGCCACAUAUGUCAUCACCGAAUAUGCAACAGCAUCCGCAUGCCGCAUCCUCACCAAUGCAACAUUCACCGCCGUUGCAUCGCAAUCAUCCCUACCAAAGACCGGAGCAGUUGAAUGCCGCGCAACAACAUAAUAAUGGCGCCGUUGCGCAGCAGCUACGCAAUCCGGCUGAGAUGACGUUGAAUGAAUAUAAUAGCGGCAGCGCUGAGGAAAUGCUGCGUCGUGCGCCAAUCAAAAUACGUGGACCCGACGCGCUGAGCAGCGGCGCUGGCGGUGCUUAUAUGAUGGGUGGCGGUUUGCACGACGCCGAGAGCGCGUAUCGUCUGACAUUGAAACAGGAACCGGAAACGGGUUAUUGAAAUGUAUUUGAGUUGCACGAAGAGUUACUAGCUUAAAGCUCUCUAGUUAGCGUUGCCAACUGCAAAGUCAUAUAUUAUAUAAAAAUAAAAGUUAGUAAAUAAGUGCGCUUAGUUGGGGUAGUGCAACUAUUUUAUGAAAUGUCAAUAGAGACGUCUCAAGUUUGAUGCCAAAUUUGUUUUGCCGCCAAUUUAACGGUACUUUAAGUCAGGUUACUUGAAGUCGCGUUCAACAGCGUCAACUAGCUACUUGUUGAGCGCUGAAUUUAGCAAUAAAUUUACUUUUUAUGCUUAGUCAUCGUGUUACAUGGACUUCCAUAUACAUAUAUACAUAUAUAACAAACAAACCUACAACAACUUAUACGUAACAUAUAUAUUUUUGCAAUUCGAAAAAAAAAUUUAAUAAAUUUAAAAUUUAUAUAAUACAUAUUUUAAUGGUAGAGUGUUUUUUCAUGCAAAUUUAUAUUGUAUAAGCGUACAAUAAUUCUUGUUGCAAUCUUUGUUGCCUUUAACUGUUAAGUAGUUAGGUUUUAUGGAAAUUUUAUUGUUAUGAAAACUUGUUACGCAAAAAAAUCAUCAUAUACAUUUACUUUAAUAGGGGUUAAAUAGGUAAAAUUUGUAUAAUCACAGUGGAGUAUUUGUUGGACUAUUUUAUUUUAUUAUUUUUUCCUAUAAAUAGGUUAAGGUGAAAAUUGAAAUAAGCAUUUACAUGAAAUAUUUUUUACAAUAUUUGUACUGCAAUGGAUCAAAUGUAUCAAUAAUGUUUAAACGUAAAAGAAAUAAAUUAGUUUUACCGAAAAAAAAAUUU